AGUUGGUACGAACAUCUUCGACUUCUCAAAACCAAAAACACCUCGACUCGUCUCCAGCUGCUCCGCUUUCACUCACUCGCAGACACGGACACGGAGACGGACGCGGAGACGGAGACAUGCCUCGGACCGCGCGCUUCGCCCCUGGGAUUAUCCUGCUCCGGAUUUAGUCGUCCUAUCGCCGCGGAGAAGAUGACUAAACGCGAGGGAAGAGGCUCAGGAGAAAGUGUGCCUUGUUUGGAGCUGAACGGGUCGUGUGCCACAACACAGGAGUCGGAGCGCAGCGGCGAGGCCAGCGGCGAGCUAGUCGGCUAAAGGCUAGCCUGCUACCUUUCAUUACAGGUGUUUGGGCAAAAACAGCGAAAUAACCAAACGUGACUCGUGGCUGUGGUUCGCCGGCGACACGCUGGCCUCCCGUGUCUCGACUUAACGUGCCUGUUAUGCGCUUUUAAAAGCGGCGAGCACGACACUUAGCGACAUUGUUAUUAGCUUUCCAGUUAGCGGGCAGGGCUAGCCGCGUUAGCCGCCGAGCUAGCGCCUCAACUUUAUUGCUACAUGUGCUUAUUUUCAAACCCAGCUGCAUUUUGGCCGCUUCAACCGGCUCGACUCUGGACUCGGGUUGUGCUUUAGUGUUUUUCUUCACGUUUGCAAGCGAGACAGUUGUGACUUUUCUCCUCCCCAACACCACCACCACCUUCACCACCACCACCACCACCACUAUCCCCUUCCUCCUCCACGGUGCCUGCCCUGGACUGACCCACCCAGAAGGACUACUAUCUAUCCGGGGCCGAUGCUGACAGUUCAGCCCGGAUCACGGCAAGGCCAGGAGCCGCUACAGCGAUGCAGCCCCAGCAGAUCUACGACUUUUCUAGUGACGAGAACAGUCACAAAUGGAGAGGCCUCUUCGUGCAAGCUUUACGAAAGGUACAGAAGCAGGUCCACCCAAACCUGACGGCGAAGGAGGAUGCCCUCCAGCACAUUGAGGAGCUGAUCCUGCAACUGCUCAACAUGCUGUGUGUUGCCCAGCCUCGCUCCGUACAGGAUGUAGAGGAACGCGUCCAGAAAACUUUCCCCCACCCCAUAGAUAAAUGGGCCAUUGCAGACGCCCAGUCAGCUAUUGAGAAGCGUAAGAGAAGGAACCCUUUACUUCUCCCCGUGGACAAGAUCCACCCAUUACUUAAGGAGGUUUUGGGCUACAAAGUGGACUACCAUGUCUCCCUGUACAUCGUGGCAGUGCUUGAAUACAUAUCAGCAGAUAUACUCAAACUGGCGGGCAACUAUGUCGGCAACAUUCGGCACUUUGAGAUCCAUCAGCAGGACAUUAAGGUGUCCAUGUGUGCAGACAAAGUGUUGAUGGACAUGUUUGACCAGGAGGAGGACAUCGGCCUGAUGUCGCAGUGCACGGAGGAGCCGUCGUCCUCCGGGGAGCUCACGUACGACGACCUGGUGAGGCUUGAAAUCGCCGAGGAGCGGCAGUACCUGCGAGAGCUCGACCUCAUCAUCAAAGUGUUCCGCCAUCACUUCCUGUCCAACCCCAAAAUCUUCACGGCGCAGGACGUGGAGGUGAUCUUCAGUAACAUCCUGGACAUCCACGAGCUGAGCGUGAAGCUGCUGGGCCUGAUCGAGGACGCCGUGGAGAUGACGGCCGACGGCAGCCCUCAUCCGCUGGUGGGCAGCUGCUUUGAAGACUUAGCAGAGGAGCAGGCGUUCGAUCCCUACGAGACCCUGUCCCAGGACAUCCUCAGAAAGGAAUUUCACGAGCACUUCAACCACCUGAUGGCGCGACCGACGGUCGGCCUCUACUUCCAGUCAGUUGCAGAGGGAUUUAAAGAAGCUGUCCAGUACGUCCUUCCCCAGCUGAUGAUGGUCCCAGUGUACCACUGUAUGCACUACUUUGAGCUACUACAGCAACUUCAGGAGCGCAGUGAAGACCAAGACGACAGAGAAUGUCUGAAACAGGCGAUCACGGCUCUGCUCAACCUUCAAUGUAGCGUGGAGCGCAUCUAUGCCAAGCACCAGCCUCGCCGUAAACCAGGCGAGCCCAUGUACCGCCUGUACAGCAGGCAGGUCCGUAGCAAACAACUAGCCAUCAAACGCAUGAACGAGAUCCAGAAGAGCAUCGACGGCUGGGAGGGGAAGGACAUCGGCCAGUGCUGCAGCGAGUUCAUCCUGGAGGGGCCGCUAAUACGGGCGGGCGCCAAACACGAGAGGCACAACUUCCUCUUCGACGGCCUGAUGAUCAGCUGCAAGGCCAACCAGAGCUCGCGGCUCCCGGGGUCGGGCAGCGGCGCGGAGUACCGCCUCAAGGAGAAGUUCGUGCUGCGGAAGAUCCGCAUCGUGGACCGCGAGGACUCGGCGGACCUGCGGCACGCCUUCGAGGUGCUGAGCAAGGACGAGAACUGCGCGGUUUUCUGCGCACGGACAGCGGAGGAGAAGGCGGCGUGGAUGGCGGCGCUGGUGACGCUGCAGUACCGCUCCACUCUGGACCGCAUGUUGGACACGGUCCUGCAGCACGACGAGCAGGCGCAUCCCCUAAGACUGCCCUCCCCGGAGGUUUACCGCUUUGCCGUGCAGGACUCUGAGGAGAAUAUAGUGUUUGAGGACAAAGUGCAGAGCAAAACGGGCAUCCCCAUCAUUAAGGCCGGCACCGUGGUCAAGCUCAUCGAGAGGCUCACGUACCACAUGUAUGCCGAUCCCAACUUUGUGCGCACAUUUCUUACCACGUACCGAUCAUUCUGCAAACCACAGGAGCUCCUCACCCUCCUCAUAGACAGGAUUGAGAUCCCUGAGCCGGAACCGACCGAAGAAGACAGACAGGCUCUCUGGAACGGAGAUCAGCCAAUGGCCGCCGAGCUCCAGAGGUUCAGAAAGGAAUACGUGCAGCCGGUCCAGCUCAGGGUUCUCAACGUUUUCCGCCAAUGGGUCGAACAUCAUUUCUACGACUUUGAGAACGAUCCUGAGCUGAGGACUCGAUUAGAGGAAUACAUCACCAGCAAGAUUCAACUGCGAGGUAAAUCGAUGAGAAAGUGGGUGGAGUCCAUCAAUAAGAUCAUCAGGAGAAAGCUGCAGACUCAGUCGAACGGCGUCAGUCACAACAUCACCUUCGAGAGCUCGCCUCCUCCCAUCGAGUGGCACAUCUGCAGGGUCGGCCAGAUGGAGUUGUUUGACCUCAUGACCCUUCACCCCAUAGAGAUCGCCCGCCAGCUGACCCUGCUGGAGUCGGAGCUCUACAGAGCCGUCCGGCCGUCUGAGCUGGUCGGCAGCGUCUGGACCAGAGAGGACAAAGAGAAGAACUCGCCAAACUUGCUCCGCAUGAUCCGCCACACCACCAACCUCACACUCUGGUUUGAAAAGUGCAUUGUAGAAACGAUGAACUUGGAGGAGAGGGUGGCCAUGUUGUCGCGGAUCAUCGAGAUUCUGCAGGUUUUCCAGGAGCUGAACAACUUUAACGGCGUGUUGGAGGUGGUCAGCGCCAUCAACUCUGUCCCCGUCUACAGGCUCGACCACACAUUCGAGGCAAUACCAGAGAGGAAAAAGCGGAUCCUGGAGGAAGCUACAGAACUCAGCCAGGACCAUUUUAAGAAAUACUUGGCUAAACUCAAGUCAAUAAACCCACCCUGUGUGCCUUUCUUUGGUAUCUAUUUAACCAACAUCCUGAAGACAGAGGAGGGCAACCCCGACUUCCUCAAACGCCACGGCAAGGAGCUGAUCAACUUCAGCAAGAGGAGGAAAGUGGCCGAAAUCACAGGAGAGAUCCAGCAGUACCAGAACCAGCCCUACUGUCUGAAGGUGGAGCAAGAAAUCAGGAAGUUCUUUGAGAACCUGAACCCGAUGGGCAACAGGAGCGACAAGGAGUUUUCUGACUAUCUGUUCAAAAUGUCGUUGGACAUCGAGCCACGGAACUGCAGGCAGGCUCCCCGAUUUCCCAGGAAGACCACGUACACUCUGAAAUCCCCAGGGAUCCGGCCUGUGCGAAUGUCUACCUCUUCCGGCACGCUGAAAGGCCACCCCGUCCCCUUGGAGCGGGAGCCUCCGCAUAAGAUCACCUUCCGGAGCAUCGCGGAGACCGAGCCGCCGGAGACGCCGGUGUCGGUGUCGGUGCCGACGUCGCCGAACACGCCCACCCCUCCGCAGUCGGCCUCGUCCGACUUCAGCUCGGUCUUCGCGGAGCACGACCUCAGCAGCUCCUACGGUGGGAAUAACUCCAUAUUUGCUCAAGUUAUGCUGCCGCCUUCAAAGUGCCAGUCUGUGUCUUGCGGAAGCCUCCACCAGCUCGGAGAGGAGCUGAAGCCUCCUCCUCUGCCGCCUCGGAGGAAAGACGCCAUGUCUGAAGCUAAACUGAGCUCCAGGUCCGACAGCCCUCCCGCCAUCCCGCCCCGGCUGCCCCCUCCUCUGCCCAGGAACCAGCCGCGACCCCCGGUCUACAACGGCCCGGCCAUCGACGGCCCCCUGCCCAGCCCGCCCCCUCCGCCGCCGCGCGACCCCCUCCCGGACACGCCUCCCCCGGUGCCCCAGCGGCCGCCCGAGAUCUUCAUCAACUACCCCCUGAACCUGCAGCCUUCCCCCGUGGGCCGAUACCACUGGGACUUCAGCAGCUCCCCGAGCUCCCCCAACACCCCGCCCAGCACGCCGUCCCCCCGCGUCCCCCGGCGGAGCUGUCCGCUGAGCGCCAGCCAGAACAGCCUCUGCCCUCUACCGGUCCCCAUCACCGCUCCGCCCGUCCCGCCGCGCUACAACUCGAGCCCGCAGCUCCCCAAACUCCCACCAAAGACAUAUAAAAGGGAGGCGCUGCAGCCGCCGCUACAAGGCCUCUCGUUGGUGGAGAACGCUGACAGCAGCCAGUGAUUGCUCGACCACCAAACUUCAAAACCUGCAAAACAGCUGACUCAAAGCCACUGAUCUGAAAGAAUAACACUGCUCCACACACUCUCUGAUCUCCACCCUCCUCUACAUCAACUUCUCCUCCCCGCUGUGCCUCUCAGGGGAUCAGUAGCUCCGCCUCCCGUCAUAAAACCCUCUGUGCCAAUGAGAAACCCACACCGGUGUGCCAGCUAAUAAACAACAAUGAGUGUCUGUUUUGGAGCGAGCUCCGUCUGCUCCCGAUGAGAAAAAAAAAAAAAAAAAGUUCUCACCCCUCACACAAACUUAAACCCCCCCACACCCCCCACGUCCCGCUCCUCCAGCCCCCCAGGGUGGGGUGGGGUGGGGGGUGGAUGUGGGAUGCCUUGGACUUUGUAGCCUCAACCGUCAUGCUUUUAUUUCUUUUGGGCAUUGACAUCAUCUGUUGUCCUGCUGCAGCUCACAGAUCUCCGCGACCUCUCUUCUCCUCAAUCGAUCAACUUAACAGUGUGUGUGUGCAAGCAGCAGACAUUUCCACUGACUUGUUUUUUUUUUUUUUUUUUUUUGUUUGUUCGUUUGUUUUUUUUCCUACUAACUGAAAACAAACAGUUGCCAAAGUCUUAUUUUAUGCAGGGGGAUAAGGGAUUUUCUUUCUUUUUUUUUUUUUAAACAAAUGUGACAUUAAAACAAACACACAAAAGGAGGCGACACUGAAUCCCCCCCUACACCUUGUAUCUCAAGUGUACACUGUGACUGUAUAGACUGUAAGGAGUCAAACUGUCGUGACUGUUUUUUUUUUUUUUGUUUUUUUUGUUUUUUUGUUUUGUGUGUGUGUCUGAAGACAGGCCUCUCUCUCAACAGCCGCGAAACGAUGCCUUUUUUUAAAAAAAAGAAUUUAAAAAAAAUAAAAUCCAACAGUGGUGACCUCUGACCCCGGGCUUACAGUCCUCUCAGCCUGGAUGGGGGGGCGAACGAGAGCCGAGAACACUCCAUUUGCACAUGAAGCUUGGGCAGAGUCGGCGGGUUUUGAUGAGACUAUUAAAAAAUAAAGAAAAAUGUAAAAAAAAAAAAAAAGAAAAAAAAAAGUCUGCCUCGAUAUCAAAACAGCACCGGGAUCCAGGUCGAAGACGAGGACCCCGACUUAUCCUGCUCUUCAAAAGCUGAUGUCUUAACCGAUCCCCCUCAUGGACGUGCGCUGCUGUCUGACACUGUGCUCUUCUCCAAACCCCAACCUUCCUCCCCCACCUCAUGUAUGGCUUCUUCAUCUGUACUAAUAGUCAGCACUGGAAGCAUCCUCCCACAAAAUCUGGGUCGGCUCCCUCCCUCCCUCCCUCCCUCCCUCCCUCCCCAGUGGCUGCUCCAAAUAUUCCUGAAAACCCAUGAAAAAAAGAGGAACCUUUUAACACUUCUUUAUCUCUUUCUCUCUUUUUUUUUUUUCCUGCUCAAAACCUUUCAUUCACUUUGGAAACAAAAAAAAACUCAAAUAAUCCAUGCAUCAUGCUCAGAUGUGCCUUUUAUUUUUGUUUUCUACUUUACAGAAACGGUGUCUAAAAUGCUAAAAAAAAUAAAGUUGCCUAUGUAAGGUUUAGUUUGUUAGUUUACACUAUGAAAUUGUACAUGUUUGUGCAUACUGUGUAUAUUUAACAUGUAUACACUAACUAAAUAAUUUGUAUAAAGUGACGAGUUUUUCCUCCCCCCACUGUUGUAUUGUACCCUCAUCCGCAUCUGUUCAGUCAAAUAUUGCCUAAUAAUCCAAUGCUGCUACAGUCGGAUAAAAAAAAAAAAGUUUAAAAAAAAAAACAAGAAAAAACAGGUCACUGUCACUAACUUACUUACAGACAAUCUCCAGUUUGAAACACUGGGAGUAUUAACUAAGGAAAGCCAUUUUUUUCUUCCCUCCCCCCCUUUAGAUGUUUAAAGCAAUGAAAAGAAAUAUACAGUUCAAUAUGCCAAGCACUUACUUAGACGUGUGCUUCACUUUGUACAUCUUACUAAUUGCCUUUUCUCCUUUUCAAAGACUUUUUAAUGCUUACUCAUUAAAGAGAGGUCGGAGUUGUAUUAAAGUUGCAGCUGAAUAUAUACAGACGUAUAUUCGGUCGCAAGUAUUGGAGCAUAGUGAAAAAUUUGACUUUUUUUUUUGUUUUUUUUUCUGAGAAACACACUUUGUGCACUUUAGGCUGUACUGUUGAAGAGCCGCAGUUGUUAUAGGUCAUGUUUGUAAAUGCAGUGGUCCUAUGCAGCUGUUAAACUCACUUACUACAUGGAUCAGGGCAGAAAACAAAAAAAAAAAUAAAUAAAAAAACAGAGUCUACCACCUCACUUUGAUGCCCCCUGAUGUUUGUGAACGCCACAAACACCCGAGGAGGUUCGAACGUCACGAGCGCGAGUUUUUAAAAAAACUCCCUCGUGCCCUUUUGUCUCCAUGCUUUGCUCUGAAGACACAGAGCCUUCCUCCUCCUCCUCCUCCUCCUUCUAGCUCUGUUUUGUGCAGACAAUUUUGAUCAAACUGGGGAUGAAAGGGGAGAUUUGGAGGGUUUGUUUUAGCUCAUGUUCUGUCCAUUUCUCAAAGGUUCCCAUGUCAGUAUUGAUGGGGUUAAUUAUGCCAAGAUUUACAUUUGUUUUUGUUUUGUUUUUUUUGUUUUUUUGUUUUUUUGUUAUGUUUUCGUUUUAACCCCAUGCCUGACAGAAUAACAGAUUGGUUUUUCCUCUUGGUGGCACUGUAACAGCUUGAUCCAGCAGUUGGCUUAUUUGAUGGUAUGUGGCCUUUUAACUGCUUUUUAUUAAUGGUCUUGAUGAGAUUAAUAAAUCACCCAGUCUUAUUUUGUACUGAA